AUGACGACGGAAGCCGCACUGGCUUUCCGGCAGGAGGCCCUGUUCCAGAUGAUUAUUGAGGCGGUUGAGAAGGAUGCGAGCGAAGAUCUUCCCGGCUCUGUUCAGCAAGGAGAUUCCGCAGUGAUUGUCGCAGACUUGGUGAUUCCCUUUUCGCUUGCAUAGGUGCACGAUUGUUGCGUCUUUGAAGUCUUGCGGCACUUCAUCUUGACGCCACAUCUCCUGGAAGAGCGCAGUCAGGUGAUCCAUGAGUUGGGGACCUCCGUGCUUGUAGACCUCAGCAGGGAUUGCGUCCGAUCCGGGUGCUUUCCCGCUGGAGAGCUGCUGUACGGCCCUGAUGGUUUCCUGGAGGGAUGGCGGAAGGUCGAGGUCCACGUUGGUCUCCACUUACGGCAAACGCUCGAUGGCGGUGUCGGAGAUGACGGAGGGGCGGUUGAGGACGCCUCGGAAAUGCUCGGCCCAUCGCUAUAUGAUUUGCGUCUUCUCAGUCAGGAGAGUGCUGCCGUCGGCACUGAGGAGAGGAGCAGUGCCCUUCGUCGGCGGACCGUAGACAGCUUUGAUCGCGGAGAAGAAGUUCUUCCAUUCGUUGCGGUCCGCAUAGCCUUGGAUCUCCUCAGCUAUAGUCGUUCGCAGGGUCAAUCACAAGAGGUGUGCUCACCCUCGCAAUUCCUCCAAAAUUCGAUUCCUAGUGUCAUAGCUUCGCCAACACCCACAUUGUUUUGCAUAGUCUAGAUAUAAAAGUAACAUGCACUCUGAACUCUGAAUGACUGUAUGACCUCGCCGGAUACCUAAAGUGCUUGCUACAAUUAAUUCUUUGGUGGCCCAGAAUUAGACGGCCUGUACGGUCGUUCCUCACCGUUGUCCCACGCAAACACGUUGGCUAUUCAACUGCUUAUUUAUUGUCAUAGAAUUUCGAAGUGGACAAAUAUAGUGGAAACUUCCAUGGUAAAAUCAUUUACAGCCCUUCACAACGCUUUAAUUUCUUUGUCGUUUUUGUGUCUCUAGGAUCAGGAUCACACACCAAAACCCUUUCAUCCCAAUUAUAAGUAACGCUUGAUAUCACGAUUUGCCUUGUUUGCUGUAUAUGGUUCAUGGUAGCAAACUUAAUAAUUAACAUGAAUCUGCUGUCUGGCGGUAAUCAGUCAUGACUGACUCGGUUUAACGCGACCUCUUUGGCACCUUAACGGUUCUUGCAAUAACAACCAUUACACAUGCGGAUCCGGACGCCGUUUAGUCACUCGGAAACGUCACAACAGCAAAAGGCAAAGUCAAACCUCAUCGGCGUUCAUAGGCGACAUUUGCUCGCGUUAGAGUAUGUUCCGAACAAUUAAUUGGAAAUGAUUCACGCAGAAGCUCCCCACUGGUACGCAAUUUUGACCGACACAUUUUCCUUCUGCAGCCUGUGGAACCUUUACUGACAUCUCCGCCUCCAGUUUUCUCGAAGUUCAGCUAAAUUUGUCCUACAGACGACAGUGGGACCCGCAUGUCUCGCUACUGGAAACGAUGCGACCCCGCAGUGGCAGUCAGGACGGUGCUGAUCAAACUGAAAUUAUUCGAUGGGUCUCGAAGUUCCCCUUUCCAAUGGCCAGACGGGAGUAUGUUUACGCCCGGCGGUGGUGGGCCGAAAUGCACUCGUCUUGUGUUGCUAAGACUGAAUCCAAGUCGAACGCAGGCUGUUUUUCCAGCGGCCUGGCCUUAAUAGUCUCGCGUGCAGUGACGCAACCCUCGGAAGUUCAAAAGCACGACAGUCCCUCUCAACCGGUCGAAAGGUCCUGGUAUUCCGCAUCCGUCGCUGGACCAAACGUCGUUUCUGUGAGUAGCUAUGAGUCGAACAUGCUGAUUAGAUCACACUCUCGUUUCGACGAGGUAAGUCGGCAACUGUCUCUAUGUUUGUGCGAGAGAGUCGCAACAUUUAAUGCAGCCAUUUAUUCCCUUACUUUUUUAGGCAGGGCUGGAUUACUUUCUCACCUAUUCAGAUGACCCAAAGCUUUCAGUUUCCAGAGAGACAGUGAGCUGGCUGCAGAAUAUGAGUACGUUACCCUUCCAUAAAUUAUCAACAUUUGAAAAAUCGAGCUAAUGCGCAGUCUCCUUUUUGCUAUUAAAAAUUUCCACCACUUACAAGGCACAUGGUGUUAUCCUCAGAAACUCACCAGAUGUUCCAAUGCCAUUAGUUGGCCAGCUAGCCGGCGUAAUGUUCACCUAUGAUCCCGCUUUUCCUACUGUCGGCCAAAGCCACAGAAUCUCAAAUCCAAAACUUGCUACGUCGCUAAGAAUUAAAUUUUACGGUGAAUGUGCAGUUCAACCCGUUUUUCAAUAAAUAAUUUAUGGUACAUUGGUAGUUUGGGUGAGUGCAAACAAGGAGCGUUGUCGCCUUCAGUAGCAAUUGGCAGCCCUGUUCGUUUUAUUGUGCCGUUUGAUCUUGUUACUAAAAAUAUUUUUACCAGGAAGCUAUUGCUAUGAAGCAUACUGUUGAAUUUGAGACCUACCGUUGUAAGUCAUGCUAACAUUCCAAUAUCCUUAGCCUGACUGAGUCCUUUAAACUCAUCUCGUCUUCGAUUAACCUGCUUCCUUAGACAUCUUUCGAAUUCGUUAUUUUAACUUUUAACCGUAUUUUUCCUUGAUCGAUUAACGUUUAGAUGGCUGCUAUCUUUCUUGUCAAAAUUCUCUUUAAUUCAGCUAAGUAUUUUUAAUAUUUUCAUUUUACAAGUCUUUCGCUUAUACGACAGAUACCAAAAAUCAGACUGUUAUGAAAAAGACGUAAUUUUUGACGUACAGCAGUCCAAAUAUUUAGAGAUUUCACUGAGAGUGCGACAGGCCAGACACAGACUGCCGUUUAUCUCCGGUUUGCGUAAUGAAAGUUCGCAGAUCGUGAAACGCGUUAUUUUGUUUUUUUUUUUUAUCGAAAGUUAUCGUGGGACUCAGUAUCCUUGCCUGCUGACUUCUCUAUUUGUUGAAAAUGCUCCUGAACAGUCUACCGUAACGAGUUUAGUCUUUCUGAUAAUUACUCGAUAACACGAUGGGAGUCAACCUCAACGGUUUUACGCAAAAGGCCAUUAUCCAGCCCCACUGGUCUUCCCGUACUAUGGGCAUCGCGGAAGUCGGAGUCGCUCUAUCAAAAUUUCGCGGACCAGUGCUGGCAUUUACGGACAUCUGAAGCAUUCGGAUACUAGCCAGGUACUAGCUAGUAUCUGUGCUGUUAGUAUGGAAUCACCUUACCCUAAAGUAUACUACUAGCUGCGUGUCGGCAGUUAAUGAAUAUUACGCGGUUAUCCGCUGUGGCUGGUGGACUUCGGUCCAAAUAUUCAUAUAUGAAAACUUCGGACUGAGCCUGUAGACCUUAUAUAUACUGAUAUACUCCAAGUUCGCAGUUAAUUUCUAAGGAAAUUAAAAAACUACAAGUUCUAAAUUGGAGCAUCUACCAGAAAGCAGACAGGGCGUGCUGGGGAACCGAACCCCUCGCAGCUGUGUCAUGCAGCGGCAGAAUAUCGGCGAAAUACGCGUGUAUGGGCUUUUGGCUAGUAUCUGUGCUGUUAGUAUGGAAUCACCUUACCCUAAAGUCUAGAAAUUUGACGCGGUAAAUGACGUCUGACGUGUCUGCAGGUGGGAGCCGGCCAUUGGGCUGCAUGAGUAAGCGGCGGAUGGUGACCUGCGGCCGGUGUCCAACGCCCACGCAUAGUUGUCUUAGCAUGCGUUUAGUGACUUCGGAGACAUUUCUCACGUAAGACGGAACGCUGAAUAUUUCAGGUCUUUGUGUGUUCUCACCGUCGGCCCUCGUGUGUCUUUGAUAUAGGCAUUUGGUUACAAAACUGCGCGGAUAUCCAUUGGCAAGGAAGAGGUGCCAUAGGGUUUUACGCUCCCUCAGCUUCUCGGCUUCUGUACUGCAGUGUGUUGGUACGGCGAAAAAGUAUCCGGACGCAGCUGCGUUUAUGCGACGGGGGGUGGUUGCUGUUUUAGUGAAGAAUUUUCGCCGUGUUUAUCGCUUUUCGAAACACACCAGUCUGGAGGGUUCCGUCUUCCUGUCUCGUUACCUGAACAUCGAGGAAAGGGAGCACUCCGUCUUUUUAUUCCUUCGUGAUAAAUUGAAUUUGUGGGAAAACCGAGUUCAGUUCCCGUUUAAAGCCGUCUUUCGCGCCUCGGCGUAUGAUUGAAAAGGUGGCAUCUACGUAGCGCAUCCAAAACUUUGGCUUGCAGGACUGAAAGACUCGAGAUUCCAUUUCCUGCAAGACCGCUUCGGCCAGGUAGCCCGAAAUCGAGGACCCCAUUGGGGUUCCCUGGAUUUGCUCGUAAAUUAAAUGCCUAUCAAAAUCUGAAGAAAUGAAGACUGAAGUGACUUACGAAGACACAGAGUCCAAAUUGAUCGAGCAUAAUCAAUUAAUAAAUAACAUUUCAAAUAAAAUCAUAAAAGUCGGCACCACUUUCUGGUGCAGAUUUCUCAAACUGGACGGUUUCGUAUGCAAAUUUAAUUGACACAUAAAAAUGGCUAAUCUCCACUCGUUAGUAGCUGUUUUGUUUAAACGUAGAUUAUUUUAGGGCUGGCAUUCCUCUUCUCAUUCGCGGUACCGGCACAGGUCAAAUCAAACGCCCGAGUGUUUUACUUCCCGUUGCGUACGCCAGCCGCUCCUUUCUCGCCUGAACUGACCACACUGCCUGUACAAGAAAAACCAAUUUACCGACAACAUCUGACUACUUAGAUUGGAAGAGAUGAGCACCCAUUCGUUAAAUUCCCAAGGCAAGGGAACUGCGAAUAAAUGGCGAAGUCACGAACGGGAAACCACCUGCUAGGCCGAACUCAGCCAAGUUAUCAUGGCACGGGGGCCGUCGACGGAAAUAUGGAUAAAUUGAUGCACUACCAUUUCGGGCUUAUGUUGCCUUGAGUCAGCCGCUCGCCGCCCUGCUCAGAAGCACGAACACACGCACACAACACAGACGGUCCACAGAGUACUCUCAGCCUCCCUUGUCUUUGAUGUCCAUCUCAUUCCGCAUAUACUACUAGUUACAAUGCGACUGCCCGCGGGGCUCUAUAUCGAGUACCAAAGACUAGACGGAACGAGUGAGUCUCGUAACCGCCCAGCGAGCGUCCACCUACCGUUGUCAGUAUUUCCGAUCGAAACCGACAAGACGAGGAGCUGGUGGCUCAAGGGUUAGAGCGUUAGGCGAAUUUGAGCCUUAAGAGUUGCGAAGACCUGGGAGUGCGUAUAAUUGGCUCAUAACGGCCAAUAAGCGAGAGAUUUCCAUUCCAGUUUCCCUUGUCUUUGUCGUUAAUGUCCUUCCGCCUAUACAACUAGCCACAGCGCGGCCGUCUGCGGGAUUCUAGACCGAGCCCCAACAGCUCAACGGGACGAGUGGGUCCCGUGACCUUUAAUCACGGGCUCCUCGUCCCUUCGGUUUCGGUCGGGAAUUUGACAACUGUAGAUGGGCGCUCACAGGUCAGUUACGAGAUCCACUGGCCCCGUUGAGUUUUCUAUGCUCCAUCUGGAGCCCCGCUGGUAGUCGCAUAGUGACUAAUAGUAUAUGGGGAAUUGGAUUGCUUUCACUGACGGGGGAGACUAGUGCAGAAGGAAUCAUAUCCUUCAAAACAUAUCCAUGUAUAUGUUUGAAAGCAAAUACGUUCUCUGGGAAAAGUAGAAAACUUUAUUGAGUCAAUUAUCGACGCCAAUUCCCCCCGCCGUCGUCAGACUCGAGUAAGUGUGCCAAAAACAAUUAACACUUCAAACCUGCUGAGAAAUCAAUAUUCGUUUGGAUUUCAGCCAGUAGGCGGCCGCCGUGUGCGUCAGUCUGUAUCGAUUGGCUUUCGCCUCGUCCACUUUUCCCUGAGACUUGUACGUGGAAUCUAGUUCGACGCGUCUAGUGAUGCAUGACUCGUCGGAGUCUUUGGCUUCAAGAAACUCUCGACCUUUUCUAGAUGGGCAAACUCCGGCGAUGCGAGUUUUAUCCCAUGCGAAGGUGUGCCCAGUAUCAAGAGUGUGCAUGGCCAUUUGAGACAGGUGAUCCCGCCUCUUAACUGUCAUUUGAUACUCGUGAAUGCGUGUAGAGGCUAAUUUCCCCGUUUGGCCACAAUACAUGGCAAAAGUCUCAGGGAAAGUGGAAGGGGCGAAGGCCAAUCGAUACAGACUGACGAACACGGCGACCGCUUACUGGCUGAAAUUGAAAUGAAUGUUGAUUUCUCAGCACGUUUGAAAUGUUAAUUGUUUUUUGCACAUUUACUCGAGUCUGACGACGGCACGGGGAACUGGCGUCGAGAAUUUACUCAAUAAAGUUUUCUGCUUUUCCCAGAGAACGUAUUUGCUCUUAAAUUAUAUUUCUUGGGAUGCCUACGUUACAAUAUUUACAUUUAAGAAUAUGGAAUUCUUUGGGAAACAGUAAACUUUAUUGUGUAAAUUUCCGAGUUUGCUACCCGGUAUGGCCAACAAAUGCUUGGAGCAUUUAUAACUGAUGCGCGUCAACGACUUCGCAAAUUCAGAGCGCAAAAGGAGCACUACAUGCACUUUUGCCAUGAUCGACUGCCUACUCACUUAUUUGAGAUCCUAAGGGAAACCAUCAUACAUGUCGCAGAACUAGAGCGGCUAAAAAAGAGGAGCACCUUGGACAAAAAGUGGACAAUUAUAUCUUAUAAAGGUUGUACUAAUUCUACGUGUCCAAAGAAAGUCGUAAACCUAUCCUCUAGGGUUCUAACGGCAACAGAGCAAAACGUGCUGUGCACUCCAAUUACUUGAACUUCCUUGCCAGCUUCGAAUCAAUCAUAUCAUCAAGCAGUCUUACCGAAGAAGAACAAUUCACCAUUCACAGCAGCACUGUACAGGCAUUAAAGAGCCGAAACAAGUUCCCAACGCAUCUUACGAUGAAACGAAAGCACUUAAAGCCCUAAAACAAGACAAAGACGUCAUCAUUCCACCUUCUGACAAAGGAGGUGCCACCACUAUUUUGAACAAAACGGAGUACACAGAGAGAAUGGUCACUCUAGACUAGCAUGAACAGACACGCCACUGCUCUGGUGAUGAAAACGUGGAAGUUUCCGAAAGAUCAGCGUGAACACAGUGUCCAUGAAAUAUCUCUUUCUGAGUAUGGUGAACGCGAUAAUUUAUCUGGACCUCAAAUCUUUACUCGCGUUUGCAGGACCAUCGGGCGUUAUUGAGUCCACCUUUCUACCACUGGGCCACUGACCGCUAUCCCAUCAGCUGGAGUCGGGCAACAUUGUUGGAUGCGGUGCCGGAAGGGCGCAUUAAUCGAACUGUCGUGUUAUCUCUGGCGUUCGUCAAGGUUUCACAGUUUGGUCGCCCCUGUUCAUUUGCGAGACCCGCUGUGCUCCUGACCGCAUAUGGAUGAAACAUUCCAGCAUUAGAGUGGUUCAUGGCCAAUAUGCUGCGGUUAUUGAUUAGGCUGAUAAGUUCUCUUUGCUGACGACCAAAUUUGCUGAAAUACAGGAAAUAUAAAAUUUUUAAAUGGACAUGAUCUCGUAGAGCUACCUGGCCGGUCACAGUGGGCCGUGCAGAUCUUUAACUGAUGUUAAGCCCGCUGCCCUAGAUCUAGCUUUCUGCAGAAAAGUGGAAUCACGCAUCGGGUGAACUAUGUGCGCUCAGCCUCGCACUCCCGGAAAAACUCUAGAAUCAGCGCGAGCUCAUCGCAAAUACCGCGAUGAGUUUGCCCUUCUCCCGUCAAGAGUACUUUCUCUGAUAAUGCGUCUGUCAUGCCUUACGAAGAUCACCACUACCGAUGGGGACCACAAUGACCAGCGUGUUAAUUAGUUUUUGGUUAAAGAUAAUUGAGCGGUCUCUACUCCUUGCUUUGGCUACAUCCUCCAUGUUCCGAUGGCGAGACAGGGUCAAUAGAGCUGGAAAUGGGGACAAGCACAGUUGCUACCGAGACCAGAAAAGUGUCUGCACGUGCUGGUCCCGACACGUACGCGAGCCGGGCCUUGGGAAGGGGGAAUCCGAUAUCUACCUGAAGAGGGCUGCGAUAAAGGCCUCACCAGGGCGCCAUUACAGCCUGACCCUCAUCUGACCAAGAACUCCUUCAUCCUGCCAGUUGGCAACAACCCAAGCCACACCUAUCUAAGCAAACUCUAGUAAGUGCCUUAGUAGACACACCUGCCUACGUUGGAUAACGGCGGUUGCUUUUCCCGAUAGAUUGGCUGGAUUCCUAACGCUCUGUCUUCUCAUUCUUUACGAAACUUGAAUAUUCUGUCUGAAAACUGCAAUUUCGAGUCAACACUGUGUUUUUGUUUGUAAAGCAUCCAGAGUAUGUUAUGCAUGAUUGACAGGAGUUCCGCUCCACAUGUAUUGCUCCUCUGAACGUUUUGAUCCACAGGCUUGGGCGCUGAAACGGCCUGCUGGAGGUUGUCAAUUUUCCGUUAUGGAACUAUUUUUAGUGUGCUUUAACAACGAGUCUGACGACGUUUUAUAACUCGUUGCUGAUCCCUAGCUUACUUCCCAUUUCAGUCAUUCCCAGACUGCUGGAGCAACUUCACACAGCUGCCCAGCGCAUUACUAGCAGUGGACUUCCACCGGGUAUCACCCCGGUCUUUCUACAUUUGACCGCACCUGCGUCCCCUGAUAGGGGUGCCUCUGAAGACGAGCCCUCAACCCCGCCAGUUGUUCGCUCGGAGACCGACCGUCAGCAGCCGACCGAAGAUCCUUCCACUAGUGAAACUGUCCACGUACUCCCUUCCGCCGGUUUGUUCGCCGAAGUGACGCAAGACAAUUCAUAUCAGCUCUUUGUCUCCUAA